AUGAAGAAGAAGAAGGAAAAAUCCGCACGGGCCGCGACCACCGCCACUGAUGCUGCUGCCUCCGUUGAUCUGAAGGCUCUGAUUCGCGACCACUCUCUGUUCUUUGACAAGCUGAUCGAACUGAUCCCUGCCAAGUUCUACCUCCCAAGCGACGAGGACAAGAAACCAUGGUUUCAAGGGCUCUGCAAAGCUGCGAAGGCCGCUGCCAAGAAGCAGACUAAAGAAAACAUCAAGAAGGCCCGCCGCGAUCGCCUCGACCCCGAGAAGUCCCAAACCUCGACGUUAGAAUUGCUCAAGCAGAAAAUCGACGAUGAUAAACAAACUAAUGAAGGAGGCGACGACGAGGCGCAGGAAGAUAUUAAACGAACCACCAAUUUCGAUGGCUGUGAUGAGCGAUCAGUCACCUAUGAGGAGCUCCGGCAACGCCUUCACCGCCGGAUUGAGGAGCUCCGAGCUAACCGCGGAACUGGUGAGAAAUCGAAGAAUGAAAGGAGAGAGAAGAAAGGUGAUCAGCUUAAGAAACGGAAGAGGGAUGAUAACAGUGGCAAGGAUGCCAAGGGUGGAAAUAUGGGAAAGCCUGAGGGUGAGAACGAUGUGACGGAGGCAACGAAGGGGAUUGAAUUCGGGAAAGUGAAGCUUGGAGGCGAGGACGAGAGUGGGAGGAAGAAAACGAAGAGGAAGUUGUCAAAGGGCAAGGAGCUCGAGAGGGCAAAGCAGUUGGAAGAGGCGAAGAAGGAUCCAGAGAAAGGCGAGGCUGUAGCAAAGAAGCAUUCAUGGAAGGCAGCAGCAAGCCGGGCUGCGGGAGUUAAGGUGCAUGAUGAUCCGAAGUUGUUGAAGCAGAGCAUUCACAAGGAGAAGAAGAGGCACGAGAAGAAUGCGGAGAAGUGGAAGGAGAGGGUUGAAAGCAGGGAGAAAUUGAAGGAGGAGAAGCAACAAAAGAGGGCAGAAAAUAUAGCCGAGAGAAUACAUCAGAAGAAAAUGAGGAAGAUUGCAAAAAGAGAGAAGAAGCUCUUGAGGCCUGGGUUUGAAGGUCGGAAAGAGGGGUAUAUAAAUGAAGAUUAG